AUUUCCCUUUCGUUUUGUGAAAAUUUUUUUUUUGCAGAAACAAACAAUGCAAAAUGUAAACACAGAAAAAUGAAUGUUUCCGCCUCCCACUCCUCCACCUCCAACUUGCGUUCGCACUAUAUAUAAACAGUAUUUGCCUGUCUAUCACUAAUCCGCCUCAUUCCCAGUUCCCAGCUGGUGUUUGUUCCUCAGCACUACCGCAGUCGCCGUCUGUGACACUCUGCAAACCAUGGCUGUGUUUACGGCAUGAGAACAUGAGAGGUUUGAACAGGAGCACCAGGUGAGAGGCUGGACACUAAGAAGUGAAGGAAAUUCAAAUGGCUGAACUCAAUCGUGAGUUCAACCUGCUGUGAUAAAGAAGCAAACGGAUCAGAAAAACGGUGGAGUACAACAAUGGAGGAAAACUCUGAGAAACCUGCAAAAACUGAACCGAGUCCUACACACAGUCCAGCACCCAGCCCAGCACCCAGCCCACUGCUGGAGAGAAUCACUCUUCCUACUGCAAAUCAUGUUGAGCAUCUCAACGUGAACCAGUUCCAGGUGGUGGUGCGGCGUUGCUCGACUCCAAAUGUAACAGAGGAGACGACCUAUUUUAUCCCUCGCCACCCUGUGGUGGAUGCUGGCACCAACACAGACCCACCAGUGGUCUGUUGCCCGCUGCUUCGCAAGUUUUGCCCAUGUCCGCCACGAGGCCUUCUAGCCUCUCUCAUUACCAAAGUUCUUUUGGCAGCUGUACUCUUUGGGGUGAUUGUGUCCAUCACAGAGGAAGAAUGUCUUCCUGGAGGGAAUCUGUUUGGCAUCACCGUAGUCUUUCUCUGUGCGAUCGUCGGUGGCAAAGCAGUUGCCCUCAUCCAGCUGCCUACACUUCCACCAUUUCCACCACUCCUUGGUAUGCUGCUGAUGGGCUUCCUGCUGAGAAACAUCCCAGUUGUAACAGAUUCGGUGUACAUUAACUUCAGAUGGUCUGCUUCUCUGAGAAACAUUGCUCUGGCUGUCAUCCUGGCCAGAGCUGGCCUGGGGUUGGAUCCCAAGGCUCUGAGGAAGCUCAAAACUGUGUGUAUACGUGUAGCAGCUGGGCCCUGCCUGAUCGAAGCCAGCACUGCUGCUCUCAUCUCUCACUUCGUCAUGGGCUUGCCCUGGAAGUGGGGCUUUGUUCUUGGCUUUGUUCUGAGCGCUGUGUCCCCGGCCGUGGUGGUGCCCUCGAUGCUUCGGCUGCAGAAGGACGGAUACGGCGUGGAAAAGGGCAUCCCCACCCUGCUGAUGGCAGCUGGAAGUUUUGAUGACAUUCUCUCCAUCACAGGGUUCACCACAUGCUUGGGCAUGGCCUUCGCAGAAGGAUCCACUCUGUAUAAUCUCCUGCGAGGCGUUCUGGAGGUUGGAGGAGGGAUGGUUGUUGGGAUCCUCCUUGGCUUCCUUAUUCAGUACUUUCCAAGUGUCGACCAGAAACACCUGGUGAUGAAGCGCUCCUUCUUGGUGCUGGGUCUGUCUGUCUUUGCUGUGUUCGGCAGCAACAUGGCAGGGUUUCCAGGCUCGGGGGGCCUCUGCACCCUGGUGUUAUCUUUCCUGGCUGGACUUGGCUGGGGGGAAGAAAAGGCCCGUGUGGGGGAAGUGAUUAGUUGGGCUUGGGACGUGUUUCAGCCUCUGCUGUUUGGACUGAUAGGAGCUGAGAUUCGAGUCAAUGAGCUGGAGGGACUUACAGUUGGUCUGGGUAUAUCCACCAUACUCAUUGCUGUUAUGGUUAGAGUACUGUUCACUUUUGUGUGUGUGUUACACGCGGGCUUCAACUUAAAAGAAAAAGUGUUCAUAGCUCUUGCAUGGAUGCCCAAAGCAACAGUGCAGGCAGCAAUAGGCUCCACGGCUUUAGACAUGGCCAGAGCAAAGGCUAACGAGGAGCAGAUGAAGUACGGCAUAGACGUGCUGACUGUGGCCGUGCUCGCCAUCCUACUUACGGCCCCGGUAGUGUCUUUGAUUAUUGGGAUCUUGGGGCCCCGCCUGCUGCAGGGACCGAAGACCCCCACCUGUGGUGAGCGAGUCAAACCCAGUUUAUCAGCAUUUUUCUUAGGCACCGCGGCAGGAAGUGAAGAUGACACCGAAACUCCUGUCACCUUCGAGAGUACACUCUGACAUCUUGAUCUAAUAGAGACCUUGAUUGUCAGUUGUUUCAGCUGCUCUUUAGCCACUGAGUGGCUCUCUUGUUGCUCAAAUCAGCCUGUAUUUAUAGCAGCAGGUGGUUUCCAGGCACUGAACACCAAACACAUUUCCCUUGCCCUGCUGUGUGCAUUCAUGCUCUAUGAACUUUACACCAGAGCUGCUUUAGUGUCGAGCUUAAACUGAACAUUUAUUUAGAUAUUCUGUAAUUAGCAUGAGGCAAUUAAACAGCAAUUUACAUUUUUUGUAAAUUGGUAAUGUUUUUGUCAUAUUCCAAGUAUCCAGUGGUUCUAGUCCCUAUUUUCAGCAAACAGUACUUAAACUGAAAUGGUAGUGCUUAACAUAAGGAUGUGUUUUACAAACUGGUGAGAUGGUGUGUGAUUGAAUGGAUUUUUAGAGGAAGCCAUCCAGAAUCCAUUUUUAAAUCUUUUUAUUUUAAUGCUGUAUGUUUCUGAUGGGUUUUUUUUAUGUUUGUCAUUAGUGUGGGUGUGGAUAAUUUUUGAUUUAGCUUACAACUCAGGAGAUCUUGAUGUCCCACUUUAUUUAAAUCUAUACAGAAUGCUGCUUACAUUCUGACAGACUCAACCUCAUGCACUGUGGUAUAAAAUCCCACAUCAACUUUUGAAGUUUAUCUUGAACUUUAAUGUGAUUGUAUUUUUUUUUAGAGAUUAUGAACAAAUUUUAUAUGACGGUUAAGUGUUAGUUUGUUUUUUUUACUACAGAAAUAUGCAGUGUGCUGUUUUUAAUUUGUUUACAUUUUUAUUAUGUAAAUGAAAAGAUUACAAAGACACUAUUUAUGAUGAAUUUGUAGUAUUAGAUUUUUACCAAAUAAAUAAUCACAUUUUCACAAAAUUGUCUUUUUUAUUUAUACAUAUAACCAAACAAUAUAGCUAAAUAUUUUAUUAAUUUGACAUCCUGUGCAGCUGCAGAUUUGUUUUGAUUUUUCAGAUUUUUUUCACAUCAAUUUAUCUCUGAAGCCAAAUUAAAAUCCAUCCAAACUGAGAAGCUAAACAGCUGCUUUAUAACUUCAGCUCAUCCAUUAUGUCCCAAAAGGCAUGCACACAGGUGUCUUUUCUUUCAAAAUUAAAAUCUAUUCACAUUAGAAAAACUCCUGGAGCAUUGCUUUGUUUUAACGUUGUAAUAAAAACACUCUUAAAACAUUCCCAAUUAUUGCUGAGAAUUUUCAACUGUGUUGAAAUGUCCAACAGCUUCUCGUUAAAGCCCCACCCUAAGGGUUUAGGGAAGAAUUACUUUAUGCAUUACCCUACCAACUGUUUUUGGAGAGGCAGAACAGGUUGGGAAUAAAACCAAAAUAAAUUAUCCUGACUUCUAAAUUGGAAAUGCAACCAACACAUUGCUCCCCAAUGCAAUGGAGCAAGAGCCAGAAUGUUGAUGCAAACUCGUUAUAACAAAAGGCUGAGUCUCUGUUGCCAAUUAUACAAAGUUCUGCAACUUGACAAGUUAACGACAAGAUGAUUCCUUUCUAUUUAUUCCAUUACCAUAACACAUAAUGCUUUAAUGCUCAUGAAAUAUGGAAAAUACCAUGUAAAUCUGAACUUUUGACUGGUGGUGAACAUCAAACCCAUGAAGCUCAUACUCUUUGUAUUUUAUUAAAACGUCCAGAGCAGCCUAAGCUGAUUAUAUUUACUGUUGCAGCACAGACGCUUAAUGCAAUUUUAGAAUGAAAUUAAAUAAAAGGCAACAAGGACAUGAGUUAAAAGGGACAUUAACUUAAAUUUUCAGCUUAAGGUACAUGAAGAUUUUCAAAGUAUUGAAAAAGAAGGUGAGGUUCUGCCAACUUAAGCAACUGAAUUACUCAUGAUCGGUUCUAUUAACAUUUAGUAUGAACAACUUAGUCUCGCAAACAUUAACAAACAUGAAGUUAUUUAUAAAUAGAGAACUAACUGUAAAAACCAACAUUAGGUGUGAAAAUAUUUUUUGCAUCAUACUACAGGAAGUAUUCUGCCAAAAAGCCAAAUGCAGUGAAUACAGCAACUCGAACAGAAAAGUCUUGUUGCAGUUCUGAAACCUCAACAGCACAGUGGCUUGAAAUGUUUCAACACAACAAAACUCAUAGCAAUAAAUGUCUAUGAACAAAU